AUGGUCCUUUUUUCGCUACUUCUUCUGAAAGGCCACUUACAAGACCUCGAGAAGCAGUACGCGCAUGGAUACAUGGAGGAUUGGCUGCACCGUCAAAAGCCAAACUUUAUCCAGGGCCAAGCUAUUUUCCCCGCCAAGACAGAAGAAGCAGCAGGCUCCAAGAGGUUCGCAUUGGAAAUGGCAUAUGAUCCAGGGAUCAGUGAAGAACAGGCACAUCGGCUUCCUGGGAGGGCCUCUUUAGGCGUUAUUUUGUCUUAUGUGCUUGACUGGGUAAUCAUCAUUGCUGUGGCUGCUGCGGGUGGUGUUUUAUACAAAAUCACAGGAUCCAGCCAUGCAUUCUCCCUUGAUGAUCCGGCGAUAUCUUAUCCUCUUAUCGCGAACACAGUUUCUAUCACGAUCGUUGGCAUAGUAGCAUGUGGUGUACCCGCCGUCGUCAUUCUACUUCUUUGCCUCUUGAUCCCUUCGUCAACAAUUGAAGCAUCCGGCCAGAGAGCUACAGGCAGUGUAUGGAGCCGCAGGCUUUGGGAAUGGCACGCAGGGUGGCUCGGACUUGGCCUCAGUCUUGCAGGAGCAUUUUUCAUCACAUCUGGUCUCAAGGAUGUAGUGGGAAAGCCUCGUCCUGACUUCAUUGCUCGAUGUGAUCCUGAUCUCUCAAACGUGGCCAAUUACAUAGUUGGUGGCCUGGGACUAAACCAAACUUCCGCUCCUAUCUUGGUCAACUCCACCAUCUGUCGAAACCCAGACGCCAGCGUUGUGAAAGAUGGCUUCGCUGCUUUCCCCUCUGGCCAUUCAUCCUUUUCCUGGGCCGGAUUACUCUACUUGUCUCUGUGGCUGAGUGCCAAGUUCGCCAUCACAAUCCAGUUCCCUCUGCGUCCUUCUGCCAGAGGGACAGGUGAUCAAAACGUUUAUCAAAAUGCCAACACAAUAUCCUCUCGUUCCUCGGCAGCAGCCGCGCCCCUCUAUCUUCUCUUACUCGUUCUUACCCCGGUAGCAGUGGCCCUUUUCAUAUGCGCGACUCGCUUUGCAGACUACAUGCAUGCUGGCUGGGAUAUUGUGGGUGGCAGUAUGAUCGGGAUGUUUUUUGCCUGGGUUGGGUUUAGAUGGUAUCACGCCCCACCUCGGGGCGGAGAUGGAUACUUCGGACAUGGUGGAUGGGCUUGGGGGCCGCGUCCAUCAUGGGGGGCAUUCGGUGUACCCUUCGGCAGCCCAGGAUAUGUGGAGAAUGACAAUCCCGAGCAAGUAAACAUGGAUCGUUAUAGAGACUUGGAGCUUGCACCCAUGCGUUAA